AUGCUGCGCAAGAAAGAAACCCUCACCAUCAUCACGCCGAUUCCCGGCUUCAUCCCUCGCCAGCUCGCCAUCGAUCUCCUCCACUCCCACAGCGAGAUCAUCACCCUCAACCCCCUCGUAAUCUCGCACAAGCCUAUUCCCGCACCUCGCAAUGCCGCCGCCGACGAGUACUACAGCACCUGGUACGAGAUCACCGAGCGCAUCCAGUAUAUCCCCGGCAUGGGCAAGAUUGGCUCUGGCAAGCUCACCUUCAACGGCUGUUUCCACGAUAUGCCCUGGGGUAUGCAGUCACACAUCUAUAUCCCUCUCGGCGUCGACAUGAGGAAUCGCUACCGCGUCCAGGGCAACCAGCCAGGAAUUGAACCUCCGGAGCAGCCCGAGCUUGGCCUUGAGGAGUUGGGUGCACCCAAGGAGGGACUGUAUCUGCGCACCGACGUCGACCUCAAGUGUAACAUUACCAUGAUGGGCUUUGUCAAGGCCGAAUCGAGAAAGGCCAGUGUGGAGAUGGUUAACCGCAUGGUCAAGAAGGCAGAGCUGCUUGAUGCCGGCAUUCUUAAAGGCAUGUUUGAGGAUGGAAAGCUCAAGACCGUCAACCCUGCCGAUCGAUCAAACGCCAUGAGCAACCAGCUUCUGCGACAGCAAACCAUGGCCGCCGACAACCAAUUCCCUCCUGGCCCUGCUCCUCUGAGUCCUGCUCCUCUGUACUCGCAGCCCUACCAAUACCCUCCUCAGCAGCAGCCGCAGCCAUCACCGACAUAUCAGUACGCGCGCCCGGGCACAAGCGGUUCUCAGUAUCCCCAGUCGCCGUACCAGAUGCAGCAAGCACAGGCCCAGGCGCAGACGCCUCCGCCACCUUUCCAGAACACCAACAACUACGCGCCCCCGAUACCGCCAAAGACAUCCAUGCAGACCAUUCCCAUGGAGCUCCCAGGCGACUAUUAUCACCCGCAGCGAUCGCCAAGCCUGCACCAGUCUCAGCCGAGCCCCAACCUUGCUGGCAACAGCUACCGCAACUCGACCGCCUCGCAGGUCUCUUACGACCCCAGAUGGUCUCACCCGCAGGCGAGCCCGUCGGUGCCCGACUCGCAGAGGAACAGCAUGAAUUCCCAGCACAGCGGGUACGCGUCCCCCGGUCUCGCCCCUCAGGGUUUUACUGCGGAGUUAUCAGCGCACAACGAGACAGCCGAGGAGCAUAAGCACUAG